AUGCCGAUGGCGAGGGGCAUGCUGGUGGACGAGACACUUGACGUGGAACCAGUGCCAAAACUGCUGGACUUUGACAAUAGUCCUCCCGCCAUGCCAGGACGAUGGCGAGCUCUGGUGAUAGACAGCCCUGGCGCGAUGCCUGUGUGUAGCCAGGUCCGGUGGCUAAAUAGUCCCAGCACUUCGCCUCCAAAGAGGCGGCCUUUGUUGGAUGAUGUUUUAAGUCCACCGCCUCCGCCAUCGGCACCCUCUCACUCGCCAGCUCGCACUUUCGAUGACAGCAAUUUCCACCACGAUGCACCUGUCAUUCACUAUAUGAAAGGCAGCAUCGAGCCAGUCACUGUUACUUCCAGGAUGCCAAGUCUGGCAGCACUUCCAGAUGAGCUGCCGAUCCAUCGUCCCACCCAUUGGGAACAGGUUCCAGGCUUAUUCCCAGAUACCACACAGCUGCUGCCAAUGGCAGUCCCUGGAGAGACGAAUGCCGCUUCUGGCUCACAAGUGGCCCGCCUCGGUAGAUCGUUUGCACAGAUCGCAGCAGAGGCAGACAGUUCCAUGGACGAUGACGAAGGUGAUAGCUUUGCGGUUAGUCGUCGUUGCGCCAUGUUGCGGGAGCGCAUUGUACGUCUUCAGCGUGAGCUCAACCUCACUGAGGAUAUGCACGUUGCGAACCUCAAUGCCAGCUCGACCGUGUUCCAAAUGGGGUACAUUCUGAGGGACAUUCGUGGCGAGGCGUAUCGCAGCAACUGA